CCAGUCCGUGGAGAGGAGGGGAACAGGUGGACGUCCAUGGACGCCACGGCGGAUCCCCUGCUGCCCCAACCGGCAGCCGCCGUGGACCACCUCGGCCGCCCAGUCUCCCGCCUCACCUCCGGCAGUUGGCCUGCCGCGUUCUUCAUCAUCGGCGUGGAGAUCUCGGAGCGGUUCGCCUACACCGGCAUCUCAGGGAACCUCAUCACCUACCUCACCGGCCCGCUGGGGCAGUCCACGGCGUCCGCCGCCGCGACCAUCAACGCGUGGAGCGGCGUCGCGCUCCUGCUGCCGCUGCUCGGCGUGGCCGCCGUCGCCGAUUCCUGGCUCGGCCGUUACCGCACCGUAGUCUGCGCCUCUCUGCUCUACAUCCUGGGCCUGGGCAUGCUCACACUGUCAUCAAUUCUUGCGACACAACUACCAGCAAAAUUUGGAGACCGCAUGGAUUCCGCUCUAUACUCGACUUCGGCUGCUCAUUUACCCUUCUUCUACAUCUCCCUGUAUAUGGUGGCCUUUGCUCAAGGUGGGCACAAACCUUGUGUGCAAGCAUUUGGGGCAGACCAAUUUGAUGAGAACGACCCUCAAGAAUAUGCCUCGAGGAGUUCCUUCUUCAACUGGUGGUAUUUUGGGACUUAUGGAGGCACUCUUGUUACAGUUUCAAUCUUGAAUUACAUUCAAGAUAACAUAAGCUGGCAGUAUGGGUUUGGAAUCCCUUGUGUCGUCAUGUCUCUUUCUCUUGCAGUUUUCUGGCUUGGGACCAGGACUUACCGCUUUUACCCUGUAAGAAGUGACGGAAGUUUAUUGGGACAGAUUCGCAAAUACCUUUUAUCAUUAAUUAGGACCUGGCAUGCAUCAUGGUGUGGGAGAUCGCCUGAUGAUUCUCACUGCAUGCCAACAUCGACAUCCAGGGAAGCCAAGGAUAAUGCAGAAAUGACAUGUUUCCCUGAUGAAGCCAAGUCAGUGCUUAAGUUGUUUCCGAUAGGGGCAACCUGCCUAAUCUAUGCAGUUGUUUUUGCCCAGUGGAUGACGCUGUUCACUAAACAAGCAAGUACACUAGAUAGGUGGAUAGGUAGCCUACAGAUACCAGCUGCUGCCCUACAAAGCCUGAUCAGCGUGUCAAUCGUCAUCUCAAUUCCUAUAUAUGACCAGAUACUCGUUCCGCUAGCCAGAAAGUACUCAAAGAACCCCUGUGGUAUCACACCCUUGCAAAGGAUUGGAACCGGACUAGCCAUCUCAGUGAUCUUGAUGGUUGUCGCGGCCCUCGUGGAGAUGAGAAGGCUCAGGGUAGCGAGAGAAUAUGGCCUAGUGGACAAACCUGAAGCAACGAUUCCGAUGAGCUUUUGGUGGGUGGUACCUCAGUUCGUCCUGACCGGCCUGGCGGACAUGUUCACAGUGGUGGGCUUGCAAGAAUUCUUCUACGACCAAGUGCCGGAGGAUCUGCGCAGUAUGGGCCUUGCCUUAUACCUGAGCAUAUUCGGGGCCGGGAGCUUCGGCAGUAGCAUUCUGGUGUAUGCGAUUGACUGGGUAACCAGCAACGGCGGAGAUAGUUGGUUCUCGGACAAUCUAAACCGAGGCCAUCUCGAUUACUUCUACUGGCUUCUGGCCGUGCUCAGCGUUCUUGGGCUGGCUGCUUUUCUUUACUUUUCACAAGUGUAUAUCCACAAGAAGAAGGGCAUUUCCGAACAAUGACUGGCAGCUGAGAUGCCUGAAGUCCAUGGGUUACCGCCCAUAGCCUUUUCAAAGUCCAUGGAUCUGGAAGAUGGGCUGAAGCUUUGCUUUAGGCUGUCGUACAUAUAGGACAUUCUUCGUAAAUAGGUAAAGUCACCACCGUAAGCUGAGGCGGAUGAUCGGGCCUGCUUGGACGCUGCUGCUUCAGCCGGCCGAACAAGAUCGGUGCUAGAUCCCUCAACAAUCACACUGCCGGAUCAAAUGAGAAUUUCUGCUGGGAAGUUCAUCAAUGUCCUGAGUUGAGAUGUCGGUUUGCAUUCGGUUCAUGAAGUUUCUCCCAAUUGUUGUACUAAGCGUCUGUCGAUUCGAUUUCUGAGGUGUGCAGUAUACAACGAGUUUUUGCAUUGGAACUUUUGAAAAUACAGUUUCUUCAAUGUCGCACGGUGCUCUGUAAAUACGUUAAAAUGGUGUAUCAACUCUUCUGUUCAGUACAGUGGUAAAUGCUAAGCUCAAAGGGUGCUUGGAUCCAA